UUUACGAUAAUAAUGACAGCAACUCGUCGGUAUAUCCAUCGAGUUUAUUUCCUUUUGGCGAUGUAAUCAUAGAUGGAUAUCGGUUCUAAAGUGAUGUAAUACACACAGAAAAUAACUUUUAAAAAAUGGGGAGGCACGGGAAGUGUUUCAAUGCUGCCUUUUACACAACUCUACUAAUAAUUCUGAUUCUUCAGUUGCUGAGCACCCUGGAGAGACAGGUGUUCGAUUUCCUGGGAUUUAUGUGGGCGCCCAUCAUUGCAAAUUUCUUUCAACUAGUGUGUGUUAUUAUCGGAGGAUUUGGAGCUUACCAGUACAGAACAAAGUUCAUUGCAGUGUACAGCACCUGGUCGUUAAUUUGGCUGGGAUGGAACGUAUUUGUGAUCUGUCUCUACCUGGAAGUUGGAGUUUUAAAUAGAAAAAGAGACUUGUAUAUUCUUAGUAUUGGUACGAAAAACAAAAGUUGGUGGUUGGAGAAUGGUAUUGGCUGUAAAAUUACCAACACUUCCUGGAAGUUGUCAAAUACCGUCCAGGAUUCUAGUCGUAACAUUCCACCCGAGGACGUCAUCAAAGGCUGUCUCCUCGAAUACUACUACGUAGAGGUGAUACACGCUGGAGUACAAUGUUUGCUAGCGUUGAUUGGUUUUGUUUUUUCCUGCAUCAACCUGUACAUGUAUGGAGAUGAGGAGGAGAGUUCCUUUUUGUUUCAAGUACACAAACAUUUAAGCUGUGGUGGCCCUCCACUGUGGGACAGAGCAAGUCCUGCAAACGACGAGUUGGAGUUUGUGAAGAUGUACAAGUCUCCGUCACGGUCCUCGGGUGUUGAUGUGCAGAAUGCAGGCCGCAGUAGCAGUAGUUAUUGUGAUAACCAGACAUUUGACGGAGUAGCCAAUGAAUACCCAACCAUAGAGAGACCUCCGAGUUACGAGACAAGUAUGCGCGACGGUACUGUCAUUAACAACUAUUAUGGCACAUCUGAUCGACAAAGUGUUCGCAGUUUGCGCAGUGUUAGAAGUAAAGCGAGUACAAAGUCAAAGUCGAACCGAAGAAGAGAGGAUGCAAGACCAAAGGAUUUGCCGUGGGUCCAAAUAACGCCCUCUUCUAGUAAUAUGGAUGCACCAUUCAGACAUUAUCCAUAGAGCAGCUAGGUAUAUAGAGAUGAGUGUUGAGACAUUGUUAAUGAUUAAAGUAUACUGACACUUUAUCGAUGGAAAAAGACCUCAUCUCCUAGCCUGAUUGUGCAGAAAGAUGAUCACGUGUAUUAAGGGUCGGUGGUAUUCGGAGUAUCGCUCCUGAUCUCAAGCCACUACAAUAUAUAUACAGGUACCGAGAUCUAGACGUUUCAUUGGUAUACUACGACGCAGAAACAUGGGAGCUAGACUUGUGUAAUACAUGUCACGGCAUUUCAUGUUCAAAUCACUUGUGUAUAAUGAACAGUUAUUGGUACACGAUAUUCUUUUGAGGACUAUUGGACGGAAGUGUACGUUUUUCAUUGGCUGAAAUUCUUUAUUUUGUUGUCAAUGUUUGUGAGAAAGAGAACAUGGCUGUUGCUCAUUGGACAAUGAAUGUGUCCGUCCAUUCAAAACGGUGAUGUCAUGUGACAAUAUCAUGUGACAUAUAUACAGCAGCAUAACAGUAUCAUCAUGUGACAACAAUACUGUGCUGUGAUUGGUCGUGAUUGUUGUUGAGAAGAUUUGUUUGUUUCUUCUAAAAAAGAAACAGUAUUUUUUGUGGUUAUUAGUAGAAUAUUAGUACAACAUUAUUUGUUUUGUCUAGUGCAUGUGUAUGCAUGAAUGAAUGAACAAUGUUUUGAAAUGUUUGUGAUGAAAAAUACACAUAGCAUGAAUUGUGUAUAUGAACUUGUUAUAAUGUAAGUCUGAUAAUCGUUGGUUAAAAUCAUGAAAGUUUGAUGAUUUUCAGAACACGACCAAACAUAAGAAGUUAAUAACAUGCAAAUAUUUACUAUUUUUUUCCCCAUAAAAUGAUAAUUAUGAAAUCGUAUGCUAGGAUUGUAAGUCGUGUUUCCAUAUAAAAUACUUGUUUAUUAUCUAACUGCACUAAUUCAAAUUAUUAAAGGUGCCUAUAGCUAUUAAUUGUUGAUAUUGAGAUACCAGUUUAUUAACUUUUAAAGGUGACAUAUGCAGGAAGAUAAUGUGACUGGCCUGUGAAUGAGAAUGUAUAGACUUGACUGUCUUUGUUUAAGUUUUCAUUUAUUUGAUCACUGUCUCAUCACCCAAGUCUAGUUAAUUACAGCUAAUCAAAAACUUAGAUGAAAUAAACUUGUAUCUUGUUUGUAUCCCGGUAAGAGAAUUUUCUGAAAAAAAUGACUAUAUGAUUUAAUUGAAAUUGAAAUUCUAAAUGCUAGUUCUGGGUAUAACGUACAGCACGAUGAAAAGUGUUGCAGAGGUGGUUGUUUUAAAAACAAAUUAUCAAACGUAACUCAAAAUUCAAGAAAAAUCAGAAUAAAAUGAAGUUAAUCCUAGAAAAGGUGCCAGUGUACAUAUUUUGUGUCAAAACUUGCUGCUUUAAGUAUAUGGUGAUAAAAAGACAGACAGGUUGUCAUAAGGGAGUACAGUAAAUGAAAAAUAGUCAAUCAGUUGGAUUAUUUGUGCUCUAAAAUUCUGAAUUGGACAUGUACCUUUAAAAAAAAUACUGAACCAAAGCUGCAGCUGCAUCAUAUAUUGUAUAGACUGUUUAGCAAUUCUUACAUUCUCAGUAUCAGUUGGAAGUAAUUCUUAUUUAUAAAUGUCUUUUUUUAUCAUUUUUCAAUGUAAGCAACAGAAUUAUUGAUAGCAUCUGUUUACUGUAUUCUCCAAUUACACCAAAAAAGUUUGUAUUUAUCACUAUAAGCUAGUUAGUUGGAUAAAAAAGGAACAGAGAAACAUUAAAUGGAGUUUUAGUUUUAAAAGAUUGGGGCCAAUUUCUUAUGAUUAAACCAAAGGGAGUUAGAGAGAAUGGCUUAUAUUUAAAUUCUUUAAUAAUAACAAGACGUGACAGCUUUAAUAUAAAGAAAAAUAUCUUGGUUUAUAUAUAUGAUUUCAUUUAGUACUUGUAGAUAUAGCUUUAACAAAUAUCGUGUAAAGACGUGGGUUAAUAUAAUUUAGUGCUAAUUAAGUAAUACUUGUUGGGUUUACCUUUACAAUCUCUGAGGUAUGUAGUGCUUUUCUUUUCUUUUUCCUGCUUAUUAUUUUGAGUGAGAUUAAAAUAAUUCUGCCAAUUACCAGCUAUUACUUGUGUAAGUUUCACCUGCCAGCAAAAAUGCCAUAUCCAUUUAAAUAUUGAGUUGUUGCUCAUCUCUGCACAGUCCACAGGGCAUUGACACAUUCCUAUAACUCAGAACGAAAAAGCAAAGCCCCAGGGUCCAUUCUCUAGAUCAUUUAUCAUUAACAUGAUCAGAAAUGAUCUAGGGGUCAGACCAUGUUCUUAAUUUUUCAUUCUUUGUCAUAUGUAGGAACGUGUCGGGGCCCCUGUGCUAAAAGUCUAUAUGUUGAAUCUCCUGUACAAAAUCAACUGUACAACAUAGAUUGUGCAUUAUGCUUUAGAAAUAGUUUUAAGAAUAUUUUUGGUAUGGUUCACAAUUUACUUUCUAUAGAGCAGAGUGUAUUAUAUAUUAGGUUUAAUAUUUACUAAGCAGUGUCACUGUUGGCCUUAGUCAGCAAAUCUUACUGAGAAGGAAGUUUACUAGGAGAUACGUAUACAUAUUAAGAUUUGAUACCUUCUGUUUUCAAUUAUAUAUUCCUAUACUAGCUAUAGCUACUUCAAUAAAAAAUUAUGGUUAUAUUGAAACUAAAAUAAUUCCUUCUUAUACAUAUCCUUAUAUACUGUCAUUCUGUUAAUAUAUACUUUCGGAUAUAUCAUCUGUUGAUAGCAAAUAUAACCAGAAAUGUGAACACUUUCUUUGAUGGUGUAAUAGAAGUAUUUUCACCCACUGGUAUCAGUUGGGUGAGUUAAUAUAACUGUCAGUGGUUCUUUUAAAUUAAAUUGUUCAUACAUAUGUUGAUUGCACUUAUGUAUUUUGUUGUAUUGAAACCACAAAAAUAUUUUUUUAAAAUUAUUGAAGUUUUCUGUCUGUCAUCAGCUGUGGCUGUUAAAUUAAGUCGAGAAUACAAAUACUGUUGAUGUUGACCCAACUACCAAUGUUUGUAUAUCUCAACACUAUAGUAUACAUUCCUACUAAAAUAUUUGAUGAAACAAAAUAAUAAUCAUUUCCACUCUCAGUAUGGUAGCUAGUUAAACUAUUUUAUUCACGAGGAAAGAGUGGAAUCAUAUUUAUACUUUAGUCUGUUUUUGAAUCUCUGUCAAAAUGUGUGCUCUCUUAUAUUAUUACUGCCAUAUAUAUAGGCCAUGAUCAGUGGCUGAGGAAAUUGGAAGAUGAGGGGAAUUGUAAUGUCUGGGUUAUAUUUAGGGCUCAUGGUUACUAAUUCUUGCCUGCAAAUAUUAAUCAUAUGUUGUUAGAAGCUGCCAAAAGUGAGGAAUGAUUGAUUUCUGUGGUUUGUUGUAUAUUAAUUGUGAUAUAAAGAGAUUCGGUGACUAUAUAUAUAAAUGUUUCACUAUUGCUAAUUCUUCAUCAAUGUCAUAUCAUUGUAUACUUUCUAAACAUCUGUCCACCUCUUCAAUGUCAAAUCAUUGUAUACUUUCUAAACAUCUGUCCACCUCUUCAAUGUCAAAUCAUUGUAUACUUUCUAAACAUCUGUCCACCUCUUCAUGUCAAAUCAUUGUAUACUUUAAUUUCUAAACAUCUGUCCACCUCAUCAAUGUCAAAUCAUCAUAUACUUUCUGGACAAAUCUGCCCAACUCUUCAGUGUCAAAUUACCUUAUACUUUCUUGACAUCUGUCCAACUCUUCAAUGUCAAAUUAUCAAAAACAUACUUUCAGGACAUCUGUCCAACUCUUCAAUGUCAAGUUAUCAUAUACUUUCUGGACAUCUGUCUAGCUCUUCAGUGUCAAAUUAUCAUAAAACUUUCUGGACAUUUGUCCAACUCUUUAAUGUCAAAUCAUGGUAUACUUUCUGGACACUUGCAUCUGUCUAAUUCUUCGUCAUCAAACCCAGACUAAUGGUAUAUGGUGUCAACAUCAGUUAUUAUUUAGUUUAAAUCAUAUACUUUUCAGCACAAAACUAGAACUAUGAAGUGAGUGAGAGAAUGUAUUCAAUGAUUUCAGGAUAUCAUAGAUUAUAGGGUUAUAUUGUUGACUUAAAUGUGAAAUAUUGUGUUCAAACCAAAGGUGUUUAGCACCCAAAGUGUUUAUACAUUCUUCAUCAUAUUGUUGAUUAAUGAGUGUGCUAAACACCUUUGUUCAAUCCUUAGAGUUGAGAGACACUAAUGUAAUUCCAGCACUGAUAUGUACAAACUAAAUAAUGGUGGUGAGAUGAUGUUGGAAAAUUCUAAUAUAAAUGUUUCAUAAUUAUUUCUUAAUUUCAUUAAUUCACAUCAACUAAAAAUUAAGAAAAAGUGUUGUGAUGUACUGUACUGUUAACAAGAGAUGAGGCUUACAAAAUCAAUGCUUACCCAUUGUAGAUAUGUAUGUAUUUAAAAACCAGUUUUUGAUUUCUCCGAGACAGGAACUAAAGAUGGGGAAAAAAUUCUAUUAUUUCAGAUAAUUGAAUAUGCAUUACUACUCAUUGGACCUCAGAAAGUAUUUACCUUUAGACUCUUAACGCAUACUUUAUUUCUUCACAAUAUUCCAUGUUAUUAUUAUUUGAAAUCUGAACAUAAAAUCUUUUCUCACGAAGUGGGCAUGCCUAAAAAUCAGCCAAUGAAAACAGGCGGCGUAUCUCCAUGUAUAAGUUAAUUUCUUUGUACUCUAGAUCUUUCCUCUGUAUUAAAACCUAGAUAACAAUUUUAUUCAUCUGUCGUCCCAUAACUUUCAAAGUGAUGCCCUAUAGACUGAAAUUUUAUCACACAGCAGUAUUUAUUAACAAUCAUUUUGAUGUGUUUAAUCAUGAUGAUACUGCAGACAAGCAGAAGUAAUUGUUUGUCGGUAAACACUUUUCUGAUGGGUCAUCAAAUUGAAAGAAGCAUUUUGUGAAGCAAGGGAGGUAACUGGUACAUUAUUUUCAAGCACUAUAUAUGUAGUUCAGUCAUUUUGUGGCGAGUUUUGUUUUCUUCACUUCUAUAUAAAUAGACUGUAGUCAUUCAGUCACGUGAUGUAUAUAAGAAAACAUUCACUAACUAGUGUACAUGUAGUUUAGUGAAAACAAAAUAUGUUGAAGAAGAUAAUUUUUAUUUUAAAUGAACCAAAAUGAAAAUAAAAAAAUGUCAGAAAGCAG